UGCUCUAAUACGUGAGGCAUAAACUCAAUCGUUUUGAUUUUUCACGACCAACAGGGUCCAACAAGGUAAGAUUUUCAGUUCGUUGGGUAUCUUCAUAGGAGGCCGAAGGGAAAUAUCCAUGCAGGUAGUCGAGCGAGCGUAAUGCAGAGCGCGUACUACGAUCACAUAGUCAUGCCAUCCGAUCCGUAUACAAGAACUUUGGGAGCUGCCGCCGAGGGCUGGGCGGUGCGCGAUGCCGACAGUGCCUCCAGUGCCGACGACGUGGAGACCUCUAAGCAGAACCAACCGAGUACGGCUUUUAAGGCACGACCGAUGCCCGACGGCGGGCCACAAGCAGCCAGAGAGGGCCCGCCUCCUGACGGUGAAGCAGGGAGCGAGGGUUCUCCACGACGAGACGGAUCUCCGAUCGCAUGGUCGGCCGCACUCGGCGAGGAAGGGGGCAAAAGCAUAAACAAUCCUGUUGUAGUUGAGCCGGGCAAAGUCCCGCAAGAACGAGAAAAGCCGACGUGCCUUGACUAUUUGGCGAGGCGGUCAAAGGAACGAGCAUGGCCGCAGUUGGGUCUCGGUCCCAAAAGCAGCUACGAUGUUAAGCAAGACAGGGGUCUGCGGGAAAAGCGAAAGGGGUCGCCACCAAGGAUUGGAAACUAUGUGGGCGAGGAGGCCUUACCAGACAAUCAGAGCAGUUUCGUGAUCGGUUCGCCUUCGUAGUAAUUUAUAGUAGUACAAGUAUAACCCUCUGAGUAUGCUCUAUUUAAUUACGCUUCAACCUAUUUUCUUACGCGUUUCCACGAUUGCGAUAAUCCAUAUUUUAUUAGACUCCUACUAGAAAUAGAUUCAAACGACCCCUCAUCCUCAGGCAGCAGCUACCGAAUACAUCGAGCAGACAAGGGUCGACUCAUCAUAGACGCUGCGCCACAGGAGGAGCCGCCCGCGGGGGUUGAGGACGCUUCCGAGUACUUACCACAGGAAAUUAAUUUCAGGUUCCCUUCUUCUACUUCUAGCAUGAUGCGAAAUUUCUUUGUGGAGUCUCGAUUCUUCCAGAUGAUAGGAAUUCGUAUGCACCUUUGCAGGAGAAAAAGUAUAGAGACUAUCACAAUGGCAGUAACUUAUUUGAAAUAAAGCAUUUUCCCACAGGUCUGACAACCAAGGAGAGGUGAAUGUGGUCGCUGAUGAAUUUGGUGGGGGGUUUAUCAGUUACAUGUACCUUGCCAAGGAGCGGUCACGCCCUGGCAGCGCGCGAAUAGACGCUCGAUUCGGUACCAUGGAAAACGAUCCAAGUGCCCGAGGCUUGCAGACCCGCACGCAGAAGCGAGCGGAUUUACUGAAAAUUCAGCAACGGAUUCUGAACCAAGAAAUGUAGCCCGCACGCUUUCCUGUUGUAGUCUUGGCAAUUGUACAUUGCGGUCAAAUGAUGUGUAUACGCGGGAAGGUGAGCUUCCUUGUUGGCUUGUAUAAAUGGUCGUAUUGAGAAGAUGCUGAGCUGGCAGGCUUCGCGCGUGUCCCCAGGCCCUUGUAGGAGUCUGAAGAGCACAAUAUCAACGCAGGCACUCGGCUUUUUCAGAGUGCUCUGCUUGGUUCGUUCUAGGCACGUCCUUCCCUGAAAUGCAGUUGCAGAGAAAGAUCCUACUUCGAAUCAAGAUCGCUCACGGUCGGGGUGCAAAUUUAGCCCAUGUUUUAGGACAUGGACUUCGCUCUAUUCUUGAUCGAGAGUUCCUAUGGCCUUUUUUCGAAAAGAAAUCAAAUGUUUGGAAUUCAAAUCUGAAGAAAAGUGAUCUGGAGCCAAGACGAUGCUCACAAAGUCAUGCAGCGCUGCUGCCAUCAUGGACAUGAUCGUGAAGUAGGGUAUUUUACUGGCAAUCUUCGUGUGAACACUUUGUUC